AAUGGAAACUGGAAUCACGGUAUUAGUGUUCGUCGGUCGUCCAGCGCGUGUGUAUUUGUUGUUACUAGUGUACAAUGCCGGUCCUUCCAGACCAUGAGGUGGUCAACACAGAAAGCAUAUCUCCGUAUAAGGACAGCGGAGCAGUGGCGGCCAUGAAGACAGAGCCGGUGACGGCGGAGACGGAGUAUGAGAAGAACCCGGAGCUGAAGAAAGAGGACAUUGCGGAGCUAAGAAGCUGGAUGAAGAGUCAACCUCACCUUCCAAUAGUUAAUGAUGAACAGCUGAUUCUGUUUCAUCACAGCUGUUACUUCAACCUAGAGGCCACCAAGAGUUGCAUAGAGGUUUACUACACAACCAGAACCAACACUCCAGAAUUCUUCCACAACAGAGAUCUGACCAGGCCUGAACUGAAGAAGGGACUGGAAGUGCUAGAGUAUGGCUGCUUCCCUGUAAAGGAUCCUCACGGUUACCAAAUCAUCUUCCACCGCUUAAAAGUGUUUGAGCCGAAGCAUUACGUGUUCAAUGACGGAGUCAAGUUGUUGUCAAUGGCGAUUGACGCUUGUCUGCAAGUGGAGGGAACUGUCCCAGGGUAUGUGUUUCUCUUUGACAUGAGUGGUGUCAAGUUUGGCCACAUUACGAGACUCAGUAUAUCAUCCCUGCGCAAGUUUUUCCUUUACAUUCAGGAAGGAAUGCCAGUCAGACUUAAGGCCAUCCACAUUCUUAAUACUCAACCAGUAAUAGAUAAGAUAUUGCUCUUAGUCAAGCCUUUCAUGAAGAAAGAACUCUACCAGCUGAUACAUUUUCACCGAGAAGGACACAUGGAGGAGGUUUACAAGAGUCUGCCAAAGAGUUGUCUUCCGUCAGAUUUUGGUGGAGAUUUGCCCAGUAUUUCCAAUUUACAUGAGUCGUAUUGCGAAUGGAUGGAAAAACUUCAGAGCUCCUUCAAGGUAGAAGAGGAAUACAGAGUUGAUGAGAAAAAGAGGUUAAGCAGAAAAGGAAGCAAAAAGGGUUGUCCGGAACCAGAACCCGAUCUUAGGACGCUGGAGCUUGACUGAAAAUGUAGUACGACAAAACUAAAAGCCAGCGGGCCAGAGGGACGAAACAUUGUGCAAUGUUUGGCGUUGUCCAUGACAUACGUAGCUUGUUCAUAUUUAGCCACUUGUUACCUACUAACUCUACGAGUUGUACAACUUGUGCAACAUAGCACUGGUGUCUUUUUGUCCAAUGUAUGACUGGAUGGUUUCAUACAACAUGAUUUUGAAAAUUUAAACAUUCUGUUAAGUUAAA